UUCGGUCACUCUUAAACGAUUUGUUUGGGUAGAAAAGUGCAAAUGUUUAUAUUAACCGCAAUAAUAUGCUCAGUAAUAUUUAUUUUGAGAUUCUCCGCAUGCGAAGAACAAAUUGUGGAUGUCAGAAAAACACUUGUGUGGGGCCCGGGACUUAAGCCGGACGAUAUCGUGUUGCCGGCCAGAUAUUUUUUCAUUCACGCCGUCGAUACAAACGGGAAAAAAUUCGAAUCACGUACAUAUCUGAAAUUCCAUGUUCAUAUCAAUGGAAACUCACCGCACGGCAAAUGCCGAUACAAUUUGAACCAGAUUGAUCGCGCAGAUGGAUCGACAAUUGUGCGCUACACGAUUGCCGAUUGGUGCGACAAUCUCGAGAUUAAUGUGCUAUAUAAUAAUUCCCAUGUGGCACAGUCGCCCUAUUUGAUGCGGAACAAAGUCUAUUCGGAGCGCUGCUAUUGUCCGCAGGAGCUGAAUCUCUGGCUGCUAAAUAACGAUUGUGCCGCUUUCACAGAGGACAAACAAAUCUCCUGGGAUUUGCAUUCGUUUAAGCGCGUGAAUUUUAGCGCCAUUCGAACUAAUUUAUUGAAACGAUAUAAUGCGCCCGAGAGUAUAUCUCUGUGCCACUAUGUGGUGAAGAAUCAGCAAAUUUGGCGAACUUGCUAUGGCAAAUACACGGGCUUCAAGAUGUUUAUGGAUGCUACGUUAUCUGCUUUAGCUCGAGUUGUUCUUCUGCCCGAUAUGGAGUUUUAUCUAAAUCUUGGCGAUUGGCCGCUAUCUAAGAAGGGAGGUCAACAGCGAACUUCAGGGCCGUAUCCAAUUUUUUCAUGGUGCGGCAGUGACGACACAUACGACAUAACAUUGCCAACAUAUGAUAUUACGGAAUCGACUAUUGAGAAUAUGGGUCGAGUUAUGUUGGAUAUGCUCUCUGUUCAGAAAGAUGAAUAUUUAUGGGAAGACAAAGAGGAAAAGGCCUUCUUUCGUGGCAGAGAUUCGCGACGAGAGCGAUUGGAUUUGAUUGACUUGGCUAGAAAGUACCCGGAUGCAAUCAAUGCCUCCAUAACAAAUUUCUUCUUUUUCCGUAAUGAGGAACAUAAAUACGGUCCCAAAGUACCGCACAUAUCAUUUAUGGACUUCUUUAAGUAUAAAUAUCAGUUAAACAUUGACGGCGCUGUUGCGGCCUAUCGUCUGCCUUAUUUGCUAGCAGGCGGCUCUUUGGUCUUCAAACAGGACUCACAUUAUUACGAGCAUUUUUAUAGCAAGCUGGUGCCAUAUAAGCAUUUCGUGCCCAUCAAGCGUGAUCUGAGCGACGUAAUUGAGAAGAUCGAAUGGGCCCGAGCAAAUGAUUUACGUGUUAAGGAAAUCGUAACGAAUGCACGCGCAUUUGUCGAAGAGAAUCUCUUGCCGCAACAUAUUUACUGCUAUCACAUAGUAUUAUUUAAGGAGUGGAGCACUCGCCUGGUGUCACCUAUCGAGGUGCUGCAGGGCAUGGAGAAAGUCAACUCCACCUACACUUGCUCGUGCAAAGAGAAGAUGCCCAGGGACGAGCUUUAGACAGUGUGAAAUCAUUCCGAUGUUUUUACUUACAUCAAUCAUAUCUCAAAUUGUAUUUAACUUAACCUAAUCA